AUGGAUUUGAAUGACCAAGUUAAAAACGUUUUACGAGUACUACUCCAAGAAGCUGUGAUGGAAGGAAAUGUCUUGCUUGUACAGGAGCUGUUGGAUGACAAUGGUGCUGAAGUCCACACGGAAAAUCUUUUGCUGGCAUGUUUCUAUGGUCAUUUGGAGGUGGCCAAGUUGCUUGUCACGAGGGGUUGCAACGUCCGAGCAACUGGAGGCGCCAAUCGAGUGACACCAUUGCAUCUGGCAUGUAACAGUGGGCAUUUGGAGAUCGUCAUGUGGCUGUUCGAUAAUGGCGCUGACAUCAACGCCGAAGACAACGAUCAAUGGACAGCAUUGCAUUGGGCAUGCGGAAAGGGUCAUUUCUUGGAAGUCAUCAAGUGGCUUGCCGAGAAUGGUGCUAACAUCGACGCCAAAGACGACAGUGGAACAACACCAUUGCAUCUGGCAUGCUACAAAGGUCAUGUAAAGGCAGUCACAUGGCUCAUCGAAAACGGUGUUGACAUCAACGUCCAAGACAAACAUGGAAGGACACCGUUGCAUUGGGCAGGCGAAGAAGGUACUCUGGAGGUAGUCAAAUCGCUAGUCGAUAAUGGUGCUGACAUUCAUGCCAAAAGCAAAACCAAAAUUGGAAUGGCACUAUUGCAUUCGUAUGGACAGUGUGCCGACAUCAAUGCCAGAGAGAAUCUUGGAAUGACACCGUUGCAUUUGGCUUGUGAGGAGGGUCAUUUGGAGAUAGUCAAGUGGCUUAUUACGAAAGGUGCUGACAUCCAUGCCAAAAGCAAUAGUGGAACGACACCAUUGUAUUGGGCAUGUAAAAGGGGUCACUUAGAGGUACUCAAGUGGCUAAUCGAUAAUGGAGCCGACAUUGAUGGUAAAGACGAUGUUGGAAUGGUGCCUUUGUAUUUGGCGUGCAAUGAGGGUCAUUUGGAGAUAGUCAAAUGGCUUGUCCAAAACGGUGCAGACAUCAAUGCCAGAGACGAUAAUGGGCUGACACCACCAUUGAGAGAAGUAUUCGUUGUCGGUAACAAUUUGGAGUAG